AUGCAGAGCUUGUGUGGUCAUGCUAGUCCAGUUGAAUCUGUUGCUUUUGAUUCGGCAGAGGCUUUGGCAUUGGCUGGAGCUUCUGCUGGUGUGAUGAAGCUGUGGGAUUUGGAAGAAACAAAGAUGGUGCGCACUCUUAAUGGACACAGAUCCCAUUGUACUGCCGUUGAAUUCCACCCAUUUGGUGAGUUUUUUGCAUCUGGUUCCAUGGACACUAAUCUAAAGAUCUGGGACAUCAGAAAGAAAGGAUGCAUUCACACCUAUAAGGGUCAUACUCGAGGAAUAAGUACUAUAAGAUUCACUCCUGAUGGUCGCUGGGUAGUUUCUGGUGGAUAUGAUAAUGUUGUAAAGGUCUGGGACCUAACUGCUGGGAAGCUCCUGCAUGAUUUCAAGUUCCAUGAAGGACAUAUUCGAUCUAUGGAUUUUCAUCCCCUUGAGUUUCUUCUGGCAACAGGUUCAGCUGACAGAACUGUGAAAUUUUGGGAUUUGGAAACCUUUGAACUAAUCGGAUCUGCCAAAACUGAGUUUGAAGUUUAUUCGUGGGAACCUGUGAUAUGCCAUGAUGCUGUUGAUAUGGGAUGGUCAACACUGGGUGAUACUUGUAUCCAUGAUGGAAAACUUUUGGGUUGCUCAUAUUAUAGGAACUCUGUUGGAGUUUGGGUGGCUGAUGUCAUGCAUAUUGAGCCAUAUGGUGGUGGUUUAGUACCUGACAAAAGUAUCCACUCAGAGCAGAAAUAUGAUCUCCAGGAAAGCCCUUUGGAUAAAAUAGGGGGCCACAGAAGGUCUACUUCAAAUUUGCGCUGCAUAUCUCCCGAUUAUGAGACUAAAGAGAUAAAGAAUAUAUAUGUGGACACCACAGGUCGAAAUCCUGUUGCAAGAAAAUCUGGAUCUUUUACUUCUCCAAAGGUUGUCCUCCCAUCCGAUUUGAAGGACAUGAAUGAUCUGACAAGUCAGAAGCAAAGUCCUGCAGUUGGCUUACGUGCAAAAAUUACCGGGCAAGCCAAUAGUAAAUCCUUCAUAAUUCCCAACGUGGUACCUCGGGACAUCCCUGAAGGAAGAGACUCGACAAAUUCUAGAAGAGAAUCUAUUGUUUCUGUAAGAGCCAGCACUGGAAUGCCACUCAAGCCAACUCAUAGACGAAGGCCAUCAAAUACCAAAAUUGGGAUGGACAGGGUGUCAACCGCUGUUGAAUCUGGGUCUUUUGACGAUAAGAUGAGUACUUCAGACAUUAUGGAUCAGAACUUUCGUAGCAGGCUAGGUGACGACGCUAGAGAAUCUUCUGAGGAAAAACAUUCGAAUAUGAAGAAUGUUGCAGAGAAAUUUGAAACAAUUUCCUCACCGAAGACACCCUUUAAUCCUGAGAUCUGUGUUGGGACCGUUGAUUGCAGCAAAGCAAUGGACUCUGUGAAAAUAGUGAAUGGAGUGGCAAUUUUGCAAGGACGAACACGCAGUCUGGUUCAGAGGUUUGAGGGGAGAGAAAGAUUGAGCAGCGAUGAAGUUGAGACACCUGAUCUGACCCCUCACAAAAUACCAGAGCCAACUAUGACAUCCCCUUUGCUGAAUACCCACCCGCAAAGUACAGAAAUGGAGUCUACUGCUGCAAAUGAUGAUGAUGAUGCUAUUGAAGGUUUAAUGCGAAAUCAUGAUGUAUUCUUAAGUACUGUACGUUCACGCCUGACAAAACUACAAGUGCUGCAGCAUUUUUGGGAACGGAAUGACAUUAAGGGUGCUAUAAUGGCCAUGCGGAAGUUGCCUGAUCAUUCUGUACAAGCAGAUAUUGUAGGUGUUCUCAUGGAGAAAAUGGAGAUUGUCACCUUAGAUUUGUUUUCUUGCUUGCUGCCUGUUCUGUUGGGCUUAUUGGAUAGCAUGAUAGAAAGGCAUGCCAGUGUUUCCCUGGAGAUACUACUGAAGCUUGUAGCAGUCUUUGGGCCUUUGGUCUACUCAACCAUAUCAGCACCUCCAGCUGUUGGUGUCAAUCUUCAGGCAGAACAAAGACUUGAAUGCUGCAAUCAAUGCUUCAUCCAGCUUCAAAAGAUACAGAAAAUUCUUCCGGCACUUGCAAGGAAGGGUGGGUUGCUAGCAACAUGCGCUCAAGAACUAAAUCUAGUUCUUCAGGAAUCAUAA